GAGUACAGAAAGGAGACCAAAAGUAAUCAUGGGGACUUGGAAAUAUUUAUGGCGUUUCAUUCUCUGUGUUUUACUGGGGCAAAUAUACCAUGAAUUGGAUGAUAAAAGUACAGCUUUUGCAACAACCAGUCCAAUAACUGACAUAAGCAAUACAACAGAGACCCCAGCACAAACAUCUUCCAACAGUCCAGCCACAACUGGAUUCUCCACAGAAACAACUCUGCCUUUGUCAACAACAAGCACUAGGGAUGGCCCAGCAACUUUGAACCCCUUAGAAACAGAAUCCAGCACCUCUUAUUCCUCCUCACCUGUAUCAAAGAGUGCUUCUCAGGCAAGCGAGCAAACUGCUUCUAAUGCUGUCAGUGAGCACGGCUCUACUGCCACAAGUAAUGCACACACUGAAGAAACAUCUUCUACUCCUUCUGCAACUGUCACGGAAUCCAGCCUGGGCAUUACAUCCACCAAAGGUGCAUUGUCACCACUUACCUCUGAAUCGAAUACACAGGAGGACAUAACAUCUUCCUCUAACCAAAGAACUCUGAACGAUGCAACAGUAACAGACCGGAGCCAUUCCUCCCUGCAUUCACCUGCUGCAGAGACACCCAGCACAGAUACAGAGAAGUCAGCUCUUCCAGUGAGCACUGUUAUUCUGAACAGCAGCACAGUGGCACCAACUGCAACAUCCCGUUUCACCACAAAUCUUCCUCCUCAGACAGAGGUUUCUCAAAUCACUGGCAGUAGUAAUACCGUUCCAAAGACAGUACCCGUGGGUAGCACAAGCAGCGAUACAACUGAUACAGAAUCCAACAGCCCACCUGCCCUCACAAACAAAGUCUCCUCUACUGCUUCUGUAGCUUCCGAAUUGGGUGAUAAAAGUACAGCUUUUGUAGGAACCAAUCCAAUGACUCACCUAAGCACUACAGCAGAGACCCCAGCAGAAAUAUCUUCCAACAGUCCAGCCACAACUGGAUUCUCCACAGAAACAACUCUACCUUUGUCAACAACAAGCACUAGGGAUGGCCCAGCAACUUUGAACCCCUUAGAAACAGAAUCCAGCACCUCUUAUUCCUCCUCACCUGUAUCAAAGAGUGCUUCUCAGGCAAGCGAGCAAACUGCUUCCAAUGCUGUCAGUGAGCACGGCUCUACUGCCACAAGUAAUGCACACACUGAAGAAACAUCUUCUACUCCUUCUGCGACUGUCACGGAAUCCAGCCUGGGCAUUACAUCCACCAAAGGUGCAUUGUCACCACUUACCUCUGAAUCGAAUACACAGGAGGACAUAACAUCUUCCUCUAACCAAAGAACUCUGAACGAUGUAACAACAACAGACAGGAGCCAUUCCUCACUGCAUUCACCUGCUGCAGAGACACCCAGCACAGAUACAGAAAAGUCAGCUCUUCCAGUGAGCACUGUUAUUCUGGACAGCAGCACAGUGGCACCAACUGCAACAUCCCGUUUCACCACAAAUCUUCCUCCUCAGACAGAGGUUUCUCAAAUCACUGGCAGUAGUAAUACCGUUCCAAAGACAGUACCCGUGGGUAGCACAAGCAGCGAUACAACUGAUACAGAAUCCAACAGCCCACCUGCCCUCACAAACAAAGUCUCCUCUACUGCUUCUGUAGCUUCCGAAUUGGGUGAUAAAAGUACAGCUUUUGUAGGAACCAAUCCAAUGACUCACCUAAGCAUUACAGCAGAGACCCCAGCAGAAAUAUCUUCCAACAGUCCAGCCACAACUGGAUUCUCCACAGAAACCACUCUGCCUUUGUCAACAACAAGCACUAGGGAUGGCCCAGCAACUUUGAACCCCUUAGAAACAGAAUCCAGCACCUCUUAUUCCUCCUCACCUGUAUCAAAGAGUGCUUCUCAGGCAAGCGAGCAAACUGCUUCUAAUGCUGUCAGUGAGCACGGCUCUACUGCCACAAGUAAUGCACGCACUGAAGAAACAUCCUCUACUCCUUCUGCGACUGUCACGGAAUCCAGCCUGGGCAUUACAUCCACCAAAGGUGCAUUGUCACCACUUACCUCUGAAUCGAAUACACAGGAGGACAUAACAUCUUCCUCUAACCAAAGAACUCUGAACGAUGUAACAACAACAGACAGGAGUCAUUCCUCACUGCAUUCACCUGCUGCAGAGACACCCAGCACAGAUACAGAGAAGUCAGCUCUUCCAGUGAGCACUGUUAUUCUGGACAGCAGCACAGUGGCACCAACUGCAACAUCCCGUUUCACCACAAAUCUUCCUCCUCAGACAGAGGUUUCUCAAAUCACUGGCAGUAGUAAUACCGUUCCAAAGACAGUACCCGUGGGUAGCACAAGCAGCGAUACAACUGAUACAGAAUCCAACAGCCCACCUGCCCUCACAAACAAAGUCUCCUCUACUGCUUCUGUAGCUUCUGAAUUGGGUGAUAAAAGUACAGCUUUUGUAGGAACCAAUCCAAUGACUCACCUAAGCACUACAGCAGAGACCCCAGCAGAAAUAUCUUCCAACAGUCCAGCCACAACUGGAUUCUCCACAGAAACAACUCUGCCUUUGUCAACAACAAGCACUAGGGAUGGCCCAGCAACUUUGAACCCCUUAGAAACAGAAUCCAGCACCUCUUAUUCCUCCUCACCUGUAUCAAAGAGUGCUUCUCAGGCAAGCGAGCAAACUGCUUCUAAUGCUGUCAGUGAGCACGGCUCUACUGCCACAAGUAAUGCACACACUGAAGAAACAUCCUCUACUCCUUCUGCGACUGUCACGGAAUCCAGCCUGGGCAUUACAUCCACCAAAGGUGCAUUGUCACCACUUACCUCUGAAUCGAAUACACAGGAGGACAUAACAUCUUCCUCUAACCAAAGAACUCUGAACGAUGUAACAACAACAGACCAGAGCCAUUCCUCACUGCAUUCACCUGCUGCAGAGACACCCAGCACAGAUACAGAGAAGUCAGCUCUUCCAGUGAGCACUGUUAUUCUGGACAGCAGCACAGUGGCACCAACUGCAACAUCCCGUUUCACCACAAAUCUUCCUCCUCAGACAGAGGUUUCUCAAAUCACUGGCAGUAGUAAUACCGUUCCAAAGACAGUACCCGUGGGUAGCACAAGCAGCGAUACAACUGAUACAGAAUCCAACAGCCCACCUGCCCUCACAAACAAAGUCUCCUCUACUGCUUCUGUAGCUUCCGAAUUGGGUGAUAAAAGUACAGCUUUUGUAGGAACCAAUCCAAUGACUCACCUAAGCACUACAGCAGAGACCCCAGCAGAAAUAUCUUCCAACAGUCCAGCCACAACUGGAUUCUCCACAGAAACAACUCUGCCUUUGUCAACAACAAGCACUAGGGAUGGCCCAGCAACUCUGAACCCCUUAGAAACAGAAUCCAGCACCUCUUAUUCCUCCUCACCUGUAUCAAAAAGUGCUUCUCAGGCAAGCGAGCAAACUGCUUCCAAUGCUGUCAGUGAGCACGGCUCUACUGCCACAAGUAAUGCACACACUGAAGAAACAUCCUCUACUCCUUCUGCGACUGUCACGGAAUCCAGCCUGGGCAUUACAUCCACCAAAGGUGCAUUGUCACCACUUACCUCUGAAUCGAAUACACAGGAGGACAUAACAUCUUCCUCUAACCAAAGAACUCUGAACGAUGUAACAACAACAGACAGGAGUCAUUCCUCACUGCAUUCACCUGCUGCAGAGACACCCAGCACAGAUACAGAGAAGUCAGCUCUUCCAGUGAGCACUGUUAUUCUGAACAGCAGCACAGUGGCACCAACUGCAACAUCCCGUUUCACCACAAAUCUUCCUCCUCAGACAGAGGUUUCUCAAAUCACUGGCAGUAGUAAUACCGUUCCAAAGACAGUACCCGUGGGUAGCACAAGCAGCGAUACAACUGAUACAGAAUCCAACAGCCCACCUGCCCUCAAUAACAAAGUCUCCUCUACUGCUUCUGUAGCUUCUGAAUUGGGUGAUAAAAGUACAGCUUUUGUAGGAACCAAUCCAAUGACUCACCUAAGCACUACAGCAGAGACCCCAGCAGAAAUAUCUUCCAACAGUCCAGCCACAACUGGAUUCUCCACAGAAACAACUCUGCCUUUGUCAACAACAAGCACUAGGGAUGGCCCAGCAACUUUGAACCCCUUAGAAACAGAAUCCAGCACCUCUUAUUCCUCCUCACCUGUAUCAAAGAGUGCUUCUCAGGCAAGCGAGCAAACUGCUUCUAAUGCUGUCAGUGAGCACGGCUUUACUGCCACAAGUAAUGCACGCACUGAACAAACAUCCUCUACUCCUUCUGCGACUGUCACGGAAUCCAGCCUGGGCAUUACAUCCACCAAAGGUGCAUUGUCACCACUUACCUCUGAAUCGAAUACACAGGAGGACAUAACAUCUUCCUCUAACCAAAGAACUCUGAACGAUGUAACAACAACAGACCGGAGCCAUUCCUCACUGCAUUCACCUGCUGCAGAGACACCCAGCACAGAUACAGAGAAGUCAGCUCUUCCAGUGAGCACUGUUAUUCUGGACAGCAGCACAGUGGCACCAACUGCAACAUCCCGUUUCACCACAAAUCUUCCUCCUCAGACAGAGGUUUCUCAAAUCACUGGCAGUAGUAAUACCGUUCCAAAGACAGUACCCGUGGGUAGCACAAGCAGCGAUACAACUGAUACAGAAUCCAACAGCCCACCUGCCCUCACAAACAAAGUCUCCUCUACUGCUUCUGUAGCUUCUGAAUUGGGUGAUAAAAGUACAGCUUUUGUAGGAACCAAUCCAAUGACUCACCUAAGCACUACAGCAGAGACCCCAGCAGAAAUAUCUUCCAACAGUCCAGCCACAACUGGAUUCUCCACAGAAACAACUCUGCCUUUGUCAACAACAGGCACUAGGGAUGGCCCAGCAACUCUGAACCCCUUAGAAACAGAAUCCAGCACCUCUUAUUCCUCCUCACCUGUAUCAAAGAGUGCUUCUCAGGCAAGCGAGCAAACUGCUUCUAAUGCUGUCAGUGAGCACGGCUCUACUGCCACAAGUAAUGCACGCACUGAAGAAACAUCCUCUACUCCUUCUGCGACUGUCACGGAAUCCAGCCUGGGCAUUACAUCCACCAAAGGUGCAUUGUCACCACUUACCUCUGAAUCGAAUACACAGGAGGACAUAACAUCUUCCUCUAACCAAAGAACUCUGAACGAUGUAACAACAACAGACAGGAGUCAUUCCUCACUGCAUUCACCUGCUGCAGAGACACCCAGCACAGAUACAGAGAAGUCAGCUCUUCCAGUGAGCACUGUUAUUCUGGACAGCAGCACAGUGGCACCAACUGCAACAUCCCGUUUCACCACAAAUCUUCCUCCUCAGACAGAGGUUUCUCAAAUCACUGGCAGUAGUAAUACCGUUCCAAAGACAGUACCCGUGGGUAGCACAAGCAGCGAUACAACUGAUACAGAAUCCAACAGCCCACCUGCCCUCACAAACAAAGUCUCCUCUACUGCUUCUGUAGCUUCGAAUUGGGUGAUAAAAGUACAGCUUUUGUAG